AUGGCUCAGCUGCUUGAGAGCUCCGAGGUCCAGGCCAUUGCAUUGGCUCAAAUCCCAAGAGAGGAGUUUCGACUCCGGGGCGAUGCCGUUGCCCUCUUUCGAGAAGCUGGGAGCCGGACCUUGGAGGAUGGAAGUCCUGUUUCAAUGCGAUUCUGGAAUGAAGUUGAUUGGGGUGAGGUGAAGAAGUUAGAAAGCCGCUCACUGGUACUUGUUGAUCACAACAAGAUGACUGAUCAAGUGGCUGCACUCUUUGAGGGCCGAGUAACACAAGUUUUAGAUCACCACGCUGGUGGUGUAUCAUAUCCAAAGGCCCAGAGCAUCAUUGAUGAGAGCUUGGGAUCCUGCUGCUCCUUGGUGGUAGAGCAGUUCAUGCAGACAAAGGGUUCCAAUCUUACAAAAGAGUUGGGCACCUUAAUGGCUGGUGCUAUUUUACUCGACUGUCGAAACUUUGAUCCAGCUGCCAAGAAGGGCACGAGCCGUGACCAAGCUGCGCUAAGACACUUGGAGUCUGUCGACGUGCCUUCCAAAGACCCAACUCGGUGGUACAAGGAACUCAUGGACGCUCGCAAGGACGUGUCUCAUUUGACCGUGCGAGAUUUGAUGCUGCUGGAUACGAAGGUCGUAACCCUCCGUGGUAUGAACGUUGCUGUUGCCAGCAUUUUCGGUACCAUUACAGAGGUUUGCGCCAGGGCUGGGACAUCCGCUCACGUGGCAGAAAUUGCAAAGACCCUAGCUGCAGAACGAGGGUAUAGUGCAAUCAUUCUACUUUUCAGCAAAGACAAGUUGAUGGGCAAGCGAAGAGCUUUGGCAUUUGUACCGCUGGACUCCCCUUCGUCCGAGUUGUGCGAAGACAUUGCAAAGCAGAUGUCUGAGACUCCUGGGAAUUUACCCCAAGAUCUGCGAGAAAAUCCCUUGUACCAAACACAGGGGCUGGUGGAGACUGGCUUUGAGCUUCAACCCAUCAAAGAGCUAGAACCACUAAAUGUGUACAGUCUCAAGGGCGAUGUGUCAAGAAAGACGGUGCUGCCUUUCGCCACGAUGGCUGCCCUGGCUGCUGCUGAGCGAUCUGCACAGCAGAACAUCAACUUGGGGAUCGCCUCGCUGGGCGUGUGGACGUUCCUGAUCAUCCCGCCGUUGAAAGGGCAAGAUGAAGAGGUUCUGACUCAAAUAGGAGCCAACAUGGGGCUGCACAGCAUCUUGGCAGACGAGGAACUGAAUGCAUCCUCACGGGCCCUCUUCAAAUCGACCACGCCUGCCAACGUUUUUGCAACCCCCCCGAACUCCUGCGCCUUCGACGCAUUUUGCAACGCCCUGCAAGUCGAACGCCAGCGCCGCGCUUGGUUCCUUGGAGCUGUGGUGAGGAUUGUAAUGAUGAACCGCAUCGCGCGCAAUCCCCUGAACCACCAGACGGACCUGAAGAGGAGUAGCGAAGUGGCGAAGUGCUCUUUGGAACAUCCAGUGGAGUAUUGCAACGAGGAACGCCACCGCGCAGUAGUGCGCCUGAGCCGUAAGCGGGCUGAUUUCCUCGCCUUGCCAAUAUUUAUAAGUUGGAUUGGUUCAGACAACUAUGACAUGGAGUUGGUGAUUCGGGCAGCGAAACGUGAGUUCCAACAUAUGCUCCCCGCCCGCGGCGAGUGGACCAUGCUUGAGCAUGAUGAAAUCCCGCCGCGGGAGCACUGCGCCAGUGCCCAAUCGCAGCGUCAGCUGCGCCGCGAGGAGCGCCGCUUGGCGGUGAACCAGCUCAGUCCUGGUGCAAGGAAGGUGAAACUCUUGAGCGCAGCGAGCGCUCAGUUUCACGAAUUUCAACAGAUGAAGUGGAUGUGGGACUGGAUCAUGGCUGGCGGCAGCGCUUAUAACUGCAAAGGCAAGCUCCUGAUGAGUCAGGCCUUCAAAGCGGUGACCCGGAGCAGGAAGCGCCAAAGAGGUGCUGCCUCGGCCUUGAUGUCGGUGUUGCAGGUCCAGGCCAUUGCAUUGGCUCAAAUCCCAAGAGAGGAGUUUCGACUCCGGGGCGAUGCCGUUGCCCUGUUUCGAGAAGCUGGGAGCCGGACCUUGGAGGAUGGAAGUCCUGUUUCAAUGCGAUUCUGGAAUGAAGUUGAUUGGGGUGAGGUGAAGAAGUUGGAAAAAAUUGCAAAGACCCUAGCUGCAGAACGAGGGUAUAGUGCAAUCAUUCUACUUUUCAGCAAAGACAAGUUGAUGGGCAAGCGAAGAGCUUUGGCCUUUGUACCGCUGGACUCCCCUUCGUCCGAGUUGUGCGAAGACAUUGCAAAGCAGAUGUCUGAGACUCCUGGGAAUUUACCCCAAGAUCUGCGAGAAAAUCCCUUGUACCAAACACAGGGGCUGGUGGAGACUGGCUUUGAGCUUCAACCCAUCAAAGAGCUAGAACCACUAAAUGUGUACAGUCUCAAGGGCGAUGUGUCAAGAAAGACGGUGCUGCCUUUCGCCACGAUGGCUGCCCUGGCUGCUGCUGAGCGAUCUGCACAGCCCUUUUGA